UUGUGGAGCUCACAAGUGGCUCUCUGAGGAGAAGGGGAUGGAGAGAGAAAGGGUGGGGUCAAGGUUCAAACGAAAAAGGCUCCAAUCGGGACUCCCUUUUCUGUUAUCAAAUUUGUUGAGACACAAAAAGAGCAACAGUCUCAUUCCCAAGGACAUCUUGAGAGGGGAGAGAAAAAAGGGGGUUAUAGGACAGCAUUCUUUGUGUCAGAGCUUCAGUUCUUCACUCACACUCAGCGGGUCGUACUCCCAGUCUUCACUCUGCUUCUGGACUAAUUGUAGUCCACUCUGUCAGCGGCUGAAUUGUUCCUUAAGAAGCUAACAUUUUCUUCAAGAAGUCCACUCUGAAAAGCUCUAAAGCUCAGUCACCACAAUGGAAUCCUCGACAAUGGAGCUGCCGUCCCUGCUGUUCAACCAGUCAUCGGGCUGUGCGGCGGUGGACAUGACAGCUGAAAACACCCUGUUUGGAUGCUUCUACAUCCUGGUUUUCUUCCUGGCGCUGAAUGGUAACAGCCUGGCUCUCUGGAUUUUCUCUCACCAGCGUGGCUCUUCCUCUCCAGCCAACAUCUUCUUGAUCCACCUGGCUGUGGCAGACUUAUCAUACGUGAUCAUCCUCCCACUAAGGGCUACAUACCACCUCACUGGAGGACACUGGCCCUUUGGCGAGGUGCCCUGCAGACUGGCGGGCUUUUUGUUUUAUGUCAACAUGUACGCCAGCCUGUACUUCCUGGCCUGUGUAGCCGGGGAUCGCUACUUGGCUGUGGUUCACGCUGUGAGGUCGCUGAAGGUCCGACGUGCUCGCUACGCCCACAUCAUCAGCUUUUCUUUGUGGGCCCUGGUUAUUGUCUCCAUGGCACCACUGCUAGUCACCCACCAGACCUCCACGGUGGACGGCGUGACAGUGUGUUUGCAGCUGUACAGAGAGAAGGCCUCACGUAAUGCACUGAUCUCACUGGCUGUGGCUUUCACCCCACCUUUCCUCACUACCCUGUCCUGUUACCUGCUCAUCAUUUACAGCCUGCAUCGGGGCUCCAGGUUAGAGCCGGCCCUCAAGCUGAAGGCCCUGCGCACCAUCGGUCUGGUCAUGCUCAUCUAUGUGGUCUGUUUCCUGCCUUAUCAUGCGAGCAGGGCCACUUUCAUCCUGGGCUACAACCAUCCUGGUAUCUCCUGCCAGACACGCAGAGGCCUGAGCUUGGCCAACCGCCUUACAUCCUCCCUCACCUGCCUGAACGGUGCUAUGGACCCGCUGAUCUACUUGUUUGGGGCAGAGAAAUUUCGCGGUACACUGAUGCGAUUGUUUUGCAAAGACAAGGCCGGUAUGUCAGCAGCCACCAGUGGAGAGUUAAAGGGAACACACGAGAGCUCCGUGAGUGCCAAGUCUGAGUUUUGAGACCUGGAGCUGUCAAAAUGAUCUGACUAUCAAUUGACUGUUGCCUUUUAUUGACUGAAGGCUUGAGCUUAUUCCACAAUGUGGUUCAUGUUUCACUGUAGCCCCCUAAUCUUGAAUUUAAAGUUUCCAUAUUGUAGAGAGUAAGUUUACAAUUUUAUUAUUAUUAAAAAGCAAGUCCAGUUGUGAUAUAUAUACAGUGGAAGUAUCAAACACUCAAUCCACAGAGAAAAUAUACACAGCCCUAACAAGCCGUCAGGACUUCCGUAAAGUUGUGAUAGUCACCGCCCUCAGCCACACCCACCUAAACUCACCGUCUGGGCAGGUGACAAUCUGUUACUUGUGGUUGGCCAGCCAAUCAGAUGAGAGGUUCAUUAAUACUGAAACAAAACCAAGCGGCAACCUCUGUGUCUGUAAAGUGAAGUCAGAGCCACCACGCUUGCUUCACAUCCUGUGGGUGACGUCACAGACACUAUGUCCAUGUUUUAUAAAGUCUACGCACAUGGGAUGUAAAACUAUAUUGAGAUGGUUUUAGGUACUUUAACACUACAAAUAUAUCUUUUUAUGGAUACUAAAACUACAAAUAAAAAUGCCACAUGACUGACUGCAUGAACUCUCUCACUAUGUUUUGCUUCGGCUUCCGAAACUCCACUCUCAUUUUGAUUUUGCAUGCACGGCUUUGAGUUGUAAUGUUUUUUUCUGUCAGUUCUACUUGCCAACUGCUGCCAUCAACAAUCUUCAUCUGCAUAAAAAGUUUGGGCAGAGAACAUUUGUCAUAGACAAAUGAGACAGAAAAUUGUGAAGUAAAUAUUGUAUUUUAGCAUUUUAGCUUCCAUGGUGUUACCUCAACAAGAAAUAAGUUGUUGUUUUUACAAGCUUCCUGUUGAUGUAGGGAAAUGAUUUGUGUGUCAAACACCAAAUAAUUUUGUACAUAGUCAGCUUAUAAUGUAUAUUUACUGCUACUGUUUUGUAUCCUAUGCCAAAUGUGAUAAAUACUCAUUAGUUAGUUUUUAAUAUAAUUUUUUUUAUCUAAGGUGUUUUUAGCUAUGUGUUGCUUUCAUGUUCCCCUCAGCAACAAUACCUGCAAAAUUAACAUAACGACAUCCCCAAAAGCCACAACUGUUCUUUGCUUUUAGUGUUAAUUAGCAAAUGUUACCAUGCCAACACCCAGAGUUAAACAUGUGAGCAUGCUGAUGUUAGCAUUUAGCUCAAAGCACCACUGUGCCUUUACUAGAGCUGCUAGCAUGGCUCUAUACUCUUGUUUUUAAUAUACAAUACAAUAUAUAUUUAUGUAUUUUUAAAUGCACUUCAAAUGUAUUUUCCCAUUACUGUUUUAAAUUGCUGGGAGACACUGUGUUUGCUUUGCUUGUGCUAGACAAAUCUUCAUUGUACAUAUAUUCAUUAUUAUUCAGCUCCCUAGCUCUCCUUUGCUAUGCAUCUGCUGUUUUGUCCACAUCUCUAUGAUAUUGCACUAUUGCAUGACAAAAUAUAAGUCCUAAUUUACUGUCAACUUGUACAAGGGACGUUUGAGACAUGAUUUCAUACACAGUACAGAGAUGUGAGUUAUAAAUGUUCUCUCUGACUUCAAGUUGUAAAUAAUGAACUUUAAAUAGUUUUUACUCUGCAGAGCAAAUGCUCUAAUAAAAACUGUAUGGAUGUUCCAGCAGCUUAAAUGUUAACUACUGUCUAAUAUUGUAUUUUUUUUACUUCUCCUUUGUAUCAAUAACACUUGCUUUUUAAGUGCUGUUAUAUAAAAAAGUGUGUGUUGAAAGCAAAAGUAUGAUUUCACGUCAUCUGUGCAUGAGUCGACGUGUCUUGCCUACUCUUUGAGACUUUGACGUGUUGUCUGCGAAAGUGGGAAACCUAUUUUAAAGUGCCGGACAGAAACCUCCAAGGCGGCAGUGACUUGUCACUGUAGUUCUCUUUUUGUAUCAUGUGACCCAUGUUGUGGUUUUUGAGCAGCUUAUUUUCCUCCUCUUAUUUCUGCAAGACUUCCUGUCCAUCACAUGAACAUGGCAAGCCACUCUAUACUUGUAUUUCCUGAAUGUAUAUAUUUUAUUUAACACCUAGCUCUCCUCAAGUUCUGUCUCAAGCCAGGUCGCCCGGCUGAAUAUAGGUGCUUGUUUUAUCCUAGAUUAAAAGACAGAGAUGUUACAAAUGUGUGUGAGAACCUAAUUAGGCUUUUUACACGUUGAAUUUAUUUUUAGUUACUUCCCUUUUUCACCUCAGUUCACGUUCAUAAGCAGGUAUAUACGGAAAGAGUUGU